AUGGCCAGGACCGAGCAGACCGCACGUAAAUCUACAGGAAGGAAAGCUCCCCACAAGCAGCUGGUGACCAAAGCCACCUGGAAAAGCAUCCCAGCUACCGGCGGUGUAAAGAAGCCUCACCGUUACCGACCAGGGACCACUGCUCUUCGGGAGAUCAGCCGCUACCAUAAAUCCACUGAGCUGCUGAUCCACAAGCUGCCCUUCCAGCGCCUGGUGCGAGAGAUCGCCCAGGACUUCAAGACCGACCUGCGCUUCCAGAGCUCUGCCGUCAUGGCCCUACAAGAGGCCAGCAAGGCUUAUCUGGUGUAG